GCCCCGCCUCGACGACGCAGCACUGAGCCACCAAGAUGCGCACCAGGCGCUCACAACUCGGGAGGAGCUUGGCAUCUGCCUGCUGGUUUCUUCCCAUUCUCAUGUGAAGACACGCUUUUGGGGAGGCGAUAGAAAGCGAAAGGUACUCGUAUGCUUUUAAACUUUUGAAUGACGGCAAGUGGCACGAAUCUAUCCUUUUCGAUUCGAAGCUGGUGUAGGAACUGUUCGGCAGUACUUGUGUCGGCGACAAAUGAUUUGUGGAAGGUGUGAAAAAAGAAGCCGAAAUUAAGAAGGGGUCAAUCAUGGGUUGUUUUAGUUGUGGAUUUGCACCUGUCGCACACGCCAAGGAGGGCCAGAUUCCCUCUGAGGUGUUUGCACAACCUGGAGGAGAAAUGCGGCCCUCAGACACGUCGAACGGCACAGGAGAAUGGGAGCCUGAUGAAAUCGGCGUGUGGAUUCUGCCCAAUGGAAGCAUGGAUUUAAACCAUCAUGGUUUCCACACAGACAUUACCAAGCACCUCGGGGUGCAGAUCACGCUCAUCACGGCUUAUUCCCUCAUCAUCCUGCUGGGGCUUCUCGGGAACGCGCUUGUCAUCUACAUGAUCAUCCGCUACAGGAAUAUGCGAACCGUCACUAACUUCUUCAUAGCCAACUUGGCGCUGGCAGACUUGCUGGUGGACACUUUGUGCCUACCCUUCACGCUGGUCUACACCCUGCUAGACGAGUGGAAGUUCGGCGCGGUGCUGUGCCACAUGGUGCCCUUCGCCCAGGCCCUGAGCGUGCACGUGUCCAUCCUGACCCUGACUGUCAUCGCACUGGAGCGCUACCGAUGCAUCGUCUUCUACCUGGGCCAGCGCCUCACGUGGCACUCCAGCUUCCUCAUCAUGGCUUUCACUUGGACGAUGGCGGCGGUCCUGGCGGCACCCUUGGCCAUCUUCAGAGAGUACCGAUUCGAAGAGAUCCCCUCCAUUAAUCUGCAUUUCGCCGUCUGCUCCGAGAAGUGGCCGCAUGGGACCAGCAGGGACGGCGUCAUCUACAGCCUCUCCAUGCUUCUCCUCCAGUACAUUAUCCCCCUAGGGAUCAUCAGUUACGCUUAUAUUUGCAUCUGGGUCAAGCUGAAGAAUCACAUCAGCCCGUCGACUCGCAAUGAUGCCAUCAGGCGCCGCAAAAAGACCACCAAGAUGUUGGCGCUGGUGGUGGUGGUGUUUGCCAUCUGCUGGCUGCCCUUCCACAUAUUUCAGCUGGCGAGCGAUCUGGACCUGGUGCUCAUGUUCAAGGAGUAUAAACUGAUAUACACCGUGUUCCAUAUUGUGGCCAUGUGUUCCACCUUUGCCAACCCGCUCCUCUACGGCUGGAUGAAUAAAAACUACCGAAAUGGGUUCUUAAUGGUCUUCCGCUGUGAGGAUAAGCCGGAUUCUUUCCACCCCGAGGGCUCCUUCAGGACUCGCUCUAUGAGGCGGCUGACGGUCAAUGGUCGUAACGGCGGACACCCGCCGACUGCCGUAUGAGAUUCUGAGAGGCAUCUCAACAUGUUGCUAUUCUGCGGCACUUGUGGUACAAAGUAGGGACUGGAGAAUCUCUCUCAGUGAAUGUUGUCGACUGUUUCAAUGUCGAACUGAGCAAAAUCAUAACGCAUGCCGGGGCGUAUUUACCCAUUUGUUUGAGACACAAAUAAUCACAAGGCCCUCCAUAUCCGUGUAUGACAAAAAAAAAAAACAACAACAUUGUUUAUCAUAACUAAAAAGUGUCUAUUUUCUAAGUUAGACAAAGUCCUUAAAAUCUCAAGAAUUGUCUAACAAGUGAAUCAUCUCAAUCAUCAUUUAAUAUAAAGUAAUUCACCAUUUCGACCGCUUUAAUAUUCGCAUCUUGGUGAAACUCGUCACUCGUGUCUCUCUCAACUUCGUCUCUAUACUGCAUCCGCCUCAGCUGACACUGACAAUAGUCCGACAACUACUGGCGAAAGAGUCUAGCUCUUGCCAUUGCCGGUUUCACACAUUCGGUAGUUUUCCUCUCACGUCCGCUCCGCUCAUCUAGGACCAUAAUUCCGUUUCAUUUGCCUCACAACAGGCCAACCAGUUUGUUGUCCUGAAUCAAGUCAGCACACGCUGUGAGAUGAUGGAAUUCUACUUUAUGCAAAGCGAGGGUGGGCACUUGACACGAUGAUGGAUUAAGAUAUUUUGAUGUGUUUCUAAGGAUGUGAGUUAAACCUAAUCCAAUAGUAACGGUUUUAAAACAAAAAAAGCUUUUAAAAUCCGCUUUUAUGAGAUAUUUAGGGGUACCCUGGUAAUCUCUGGACCCCGGGUAAUUGCCUGCCCUUGCCUAACGGUAAGUCCGCUCCUGGCUCACACGUUCUUCAUUAGUCUCCAAACUAGUUUCGACUGAAUCAACAGCGCCUCUGCUGGUUGCAGCCAAGCAGUGCACUCCAUUUUCCUUCAAGAUGCAAUUAUUCAAUAACCAUGGCCAACACCAAAUAUUAAUUACAUAUGACUUUAUGUAAGCCUAAAAAUAUUUUGGACACUGAUUUCAAGAUGUUUACUUUUGCUCUUUGCACAUCAGGUUUAUCGCAUUUAAGAUUGACCUUAAAUGCUUUGCACCAUGCGUUGAAAUUUAUAGCUGUGAAAUUACUGUAGAAAAAAAAUCUCCACGUGCGGAGCUAAACCCUUAAUUCAUAAAUACUACUAAAAAUAUUACUAUAUUAUGUUCUUUGAUUAUUCAGAUGAAAACCUGAUUUGAUAGAGAAUAAACGAUGGCAGAUUCUGAAAAGGUGCAAAAUCAUAAAGGAAAGUAAAAUCAUCUCGAAACGUUUACUUGCAUCUCUGAUUAAAAAAAGCAAAAUGAAUGAAUGAAUGAACGUGUUGACCACUGUAAUCGAUUCCACACAAUUGUCAUAAUUCCUUGAUCAAUUAAUCGAUGAAUAGAUUGUUACGCCCAUCCCUGGUACCAAGGGAACCUUUUGGCCUCAUUGAUCUGGCCUUGACUUUGCGUCUUGCUUUAUGUAAAGCAAUUAUUUCAUUUGUCAAUGUUCAUAGUGAACCCGCUGCUUUCAAAUGAGGCUCACUAGUGUGUUCAUUAUUUCUGUAAUCUACCCAAUGUGUUCCUUAUUAAUGCAAAUGACUUGUUGGUAAGUAAUGUCCACUUAAUUAUGAAGUCAGCUGCAUUGGUCAAGUAAUUUGUCCCUACUUCCUGUUGGAAGAAACUGCUUUCUUGUGAUUACAAGGCUAAUUUUAUUUUUUCAAACACUCGUUACUUUAAUUUGCCGACUUUAUUGUGGUAGCUUUUACUGCAAAUCGAGUGACAUUUUAAUCUAAGGCAUCUACUAAAACUGCUGCUGCUUCUCUGCCUCCACAGGAAGUUAAUUAUGUUGACCUUACAGAGCUUCAGAUCAGAUACAACAGCGGGAUUCCUUUUAACGGAACAUGAGAAACGAGAUCAUGUGAAUGAAGUGCAAUGAGGUGACGAGGAGAAUGUUGUUCGAGAGGGCCCCUAAAAAGGAUUUAAAUUAAGAAUCGCUCGCUCUCUUUUUUUCCGCCCAGACUCUCCGCUGCGGAACCGCGUGCACUUUGCUGGUUGUGUUUUCGACCCAUGAGCUAAACUGGCACUCGGAAAAUGUGACAACAUGUCAAAACGGAAAACUUCUGCUCACAGCUGUGUCAAGGUACUCAAGAAGUGUGUCGGUAAACAUAGUAAGGACAACACCUAUAACCUCCAUCAAAACAGACAGUCAGAAAAGGGGAUUGUUUGUUGAGCUAAACAACUCCAUCCAUAAACUUCUGGACGGCUUUCUGAACAAUUAUAACAGCAAAUAAAGCAGUCGGAAAAACAAAUGGAACUAUUGUGCCUUGUAUAAGUGUUUUCAUUUUCCUGCAGAGAAAAUGCUUGUAGCCAGAGUAGGAAUAGCUAUACACCCACAGGACCGAUUUUACGGCUUAGCCUACAUAUUCCUUUAUGUUCCAGAGACUCACAUAUCGAAGCUGGAGUCUUUGACUUAUAUCAUCUGGGGGGAGGGAGUGGGCAUGCCUUGUGCCUUGCAUGUUUGUUCCAAUGCUUUGAGAAAUAAUGUCAAUGUGCAGAAUUAAUUAGAGAUCUGUUCCCUUGUGGAAAACACAUAAAGGUGAUUAUAAUUAAAAGAGAUAAACCAAGUA